UUACUUCAACUCGAAUUUCGAUAGAUUUUCUUUCAUUGCGUGCGUGAAGUUUUUUAGAAAUUUUGUAAAUAGUUGAAGUUCUAUGCUUACAUGUCCUUCGAAAAGCUUCCUUUCACUUCUCGUGGUCUAAUUGGCACAGCUAAUUUCCGGUCAGAAAUAUCAGCGGAAAACCUCGAAAGUGUUCCAAAAAAGAAGAAGAAGAGGAAUGAAAGGCACGAAGCAAGCCAAAGUCAAAAUAAAAAUAACUCGACAACUCGUUGCCAAGGGCAACGGGCGAAUGGCCAAUCAAUAGAAAAGUAAACAAAACUAAAUCGAAGCUAGAAAAGGCCACUGCAGGUGCGCAGGAAUUUGGGUUUUGGGUUUUGGGUUUACGAGCAGAUUAAUUAAUAUACCAAAAAGUUCAGUUGGAAUGCAGCUCGAAUUGCUGCGCCAGCUAAGAAGUUAGGCCAUAGAGCUGAGAGUUAAGAGUUUGGCCUGCAUCUGGAGUAGGCGAUGGACGGUUGAGCGGGAUGACACCCAAGAGGAAGCGACAGCGCGGCAAGAGUCGCGCCAAGGAGCAGCACAAGCAGCUGCUCGCUGCCCUGGAGCUGGCGGAUAGCUGUUGCGAUAUAUGCCACUGCGAUUGCUACAGUUCGCACAGCAGCAGCAAUGCGAGUGGACGUGGACAACCCGCUGCGAGCACGGAGACGCAGCUGAAGCAACUGGAUCAACAGAUACGCGCCUUGGAGCAGGUGCAGCGCGGCGAGGGCAGCGCCAACAGAGACGGCAGUCGGGUGCGCAGUCACAGCAGGCAAAUCAGGCAAAUCAGCGCUUCCAAGUCCCCAGCGGAGCAUCCCCGAAUCCCGCAGAGUCGACGCGGCUCGGCCGAGUGCCACACUCGCGUCUCGACAGCGUCCAGGGGCAGGCGCUCCAAGAGCGCGGGCAGCCAACGUUGCCCGUCCCGGGAGGAGCCUCAGGAGGCGGGGCUCAAAGAGAAACCUUCCAAGCAGCGAGCUGGUCGCACGGGCGGCCUGCGCGACUGCCAAAUGCUCCAGACUGUGUUCGGCUCACUUAGGGGUAGCGAUGCUUCGACGCUGGCCAUCAGCGGCAGCCGAGCGAGGUCCAAGUCGCAGGAGAACAUGUCGCUGGUGCCGCUGGGCCAGAAGCAGGGCCACAGCUCGCUGUGCGCCUCCAUGGCCAACCUGUGCCUGGCGCCGACGGUGCGCGCUGCCUUUGAGCGAGUGCCCAGCCACGAUCAGAGGAUACUGAAUCGCAUGGCUGAGAAGCGGAGCGAGCGGGCGGCGGACAAGGAGCACGCGUGGCUGGCCCGCAAAUACUGGGAGAACGAGCGGCUGGAGCGACAGCUGCUCAAGUGCGAGCAGCUGGAGGAGUAUAAGCGCGCCGUGCACGACAAACAGUUCCAGGACUACCUGCUGACCAAGGCGCGGCUGCAGGCGCUGGCCGAGCGCGAUCUGGCCGAGCUGCGGCGGCUGCGCGGCGCCCUGGACGCCAAGGAUGCGGCGGCCAAGCAGCGCUUGGCGGCGAUGCGCCUGGAGCGCGACUUGACGCUCUGCCAGCGACGCUGCGAGGAGUCGCGUCGCAGCGAGGCGGUCAGUCUGCAGCAGGAGGAGCAGCAGCUGGACGAGACGCUGCGCAAGCGUGACACGUGCAUGCGGCUCACGCAGCGACUGCGCCGUGCGGAUCAGCUGCGCUCGCAGCUGCUAGAGAGCUACUUGAAGCGGCUCCAGCACGACAACCAGCUCGAGCAGCUCCAUCACGAGGAGCACUGGCGCGAGCGCCAGCUAUCGGAGCGCCUGAAGCGUGAGCAACUGCAGCACGACAUCCAGCGCAAGCGGCAGCAAUCGCAACGCUUUGUCGACUGCCGCCAGCGCAAGCACGAGGCGCGCUUCCGCACUGCCAAGAUCUCGGCCAGCCUCAGGGAGCUCGUCCGUCAGUCCGUGACGCCCGAGUCGGCCGUGGACCAGCCUUCGAGCAGCCUCUGCGCCCAGCAGCAAGCGCAGCUGGCACGCCUGCUCUUCUCGCAGCGUCCGCCGAAAGACUUUCACAAGUAAUUACCAAACGAGUUCCCUAACUAGCUGGGAAGUAGCUGUUAAGUGUGCUAUUGUUGUUAUUGUAUAAUAAAUUCGAGAAAUCA